GACUUAGGCCGUUUGCACACACACCGACAAAAUCGGUGCCGGUGCCGGUACCGUUUCCUGUGCCGGAAAACAUUUAAUUUCACACAUACCGGCGUUUCCGUGCCGUCAAUUUUAUUCGGUGUUUGGCAGUGGUAAAAGAAAGAUGUAUGUUUCUGCUUCUAAUAAACGUUAUCUCCUUGGGUUAUUGUAUCUCAGGAGGAAGUAUCGACAAGCUAAAAAAGUAAGACAACAUUGGGUGCAUCCUCUGCUGACUGUCAGAUACUUAGAAGGUAGCUUCUACACGCUUUUUGAGAAACUUAGGAAAGACAACUCGAAAUUCUUCAAUUACUUCAGAAUGAGUAUUGAUACUUUCGAUUUCAUAGUGGAACGAUUAUUAAACAGUAUCAAACAUCAAAAUACUCCAAUGAGAGCAUGUAUCCCUCCAAAGGAAAUGGUCGCAGUAACAAUAAGGUACCUUGCUUCUGGAGCAACAUUUACUGAUAUGCACUACUACUAUAGAAUCGGAAUAAGCACAAUAAGUAAAACUGUUCGUUUGGUAUGCAACUCUUUAUGGAACUUAUUAAAAGACGAAUUUCUCCCGCAGCCUACGGAGGAAACAUGGCAACGUAUAGCAGAUAACUUCAAAAAAUCCGCACAGUUCCCCAAUUGCUUAGGCGCUAUCGACGGAAAACACAUACGAGUUAACAGAUUUCCCCAUAGUGGUUCAAUGAACCUUAACUACAAGGGUUAUUUUUCCAUUAUUCUUAUGGCCGUGGUUGAUUCUGAUUAUAAAUUCAUAUAUGUAGAUAUAGGAGCUUAUGGUAAAGACUGCGACUCAUCUGUAUUUCAACAAACAGUAUUUUUUAAAUUAAUGAUGGAAAACAAGUUACAUAUCCCACCACCCUGUCCAUUAGAAGCAACUGGAAAAGAUACUUUUCCUUAUGUGUUUGUAGGGGAUGAAGCAUUUGGGCUAUCAGAAAACCUAAUGCGACCUUACGCUGGACAUAAUCUUACUGAGAAAAAAAGAAUAUUCAAUUACCGAUUAACUCGGGCAAGAAGGUACGUUGAAUGUGCUUUCGGUAUACUUUCCAAUAAGUGGAGAAUUCUACACAGAGCAUUAAACGUAUCAAAACAAUUAUCUAAAGACAUUGUUAAAGCAUGUGUAGUUUUACAUAAUGUGGUGCGAAUAAGGGAUGCCGACAAUUUAGAAAUGUAUGAACAUUUCAUAGCUUUACUCGAAGCUUUCUCCGCCUCUGUCUACAAGAAAGCGGAAAUCGGCUUAGCUGGUAAUACACACAACAAGGAAAAAGCAUUAUUUAAUAUUAUAUUCGGACGUGCCCUCGCAUACUCGCCAGCCAGUAAGAAAGGUAGCGCGGGAGAUGGCUGGAUGGCUCUUUUAUUUUCACCAUCUUUGAAGAUUCUAUUGUGUGUGCCAGAGGCGAUGGCUGAGAUUAUUCUCGUCUGUGAUGGGGUCAGACGCCUGGGAAGAAAUGUAUAG